CACGUUACUCGAGCGCUAGUGACAUCAUGGCUUAUAGUGCCUCUUCUCGUUUACUUUACUUUGUAUUUUCAGCUAUUGCUUUUGUGUGCCUCGUAGAUGGAGAGAAGUGUAAAACUCUCGAAGGCAAGUGGUACAAUCAACUGGGCUCAGAAGUUUACCUAGAGCAUGAUACCAAUGGUAUCCUCUAUGGGGAGUACAGAACUGCGGUUGAGAGACGCAAUGGCUCUGCCGGAGUGGAUCACUCUAUUGUGUUAGGUUCUGCACCAUAUAACUUCCCUGGUGCAGCCUUUGCUUUUUCAGUUGUCUGGCAAACUGGCAUCUCAACAACAGUGUGGACUGGUCAAUGUUUAGUCCGUGAGGAUGGCCAGGAGACUCUCCUCACAUCAUGGCUACUACGUUCCAGUGUCAAUACCUGUAUAGACAAGUGGAAAUCAACUAUGAUUGGUCGUGACACAUUCACCAGAUAUGAGCAGCUUUCUGGUCCUCGGAAACCUGAUGAAGGAAAAACAAAAGUACCAACAAAAAUUGAUAAAAUAAUCCAUAAUUUUGGCCCUGAUGUCAAAAACCAAUUGUGUAAUUUGAAUGGAAACUGGUAUAACACCCUGGGCUCUGAGAUGAUUCUCAAACAGAGAGCAGAUAAUGUAAUUGAAGGGGAAUAUCGCACAGCUGUUGAGAGAGAAACAGGUGCAGCAGGUAACAGCCAUUCUAAGGUGUUUGGAAUUGGACAGCUUGGUAGCUCAAACAGCACAUUUUCCUUCUUUGUGGUAUGGAACAAUGGUAGUUCUGUCACUGGAUGGGUGGGACAGUGCCACAUUUGUGGUGAAAAUAAAACAGAGAUCAUUGAAAGUACCUGGCUACUGAGGAAACGGGUGGAAAAGGUGGAAGACAACUGGAGUUCAACUUUGUACAGUGAAGAUAGCUUUACUCACACUGAGACUACACCAGGACCUAGGAAAAAGGACAACACCCAUACACCAGACAGGAGUGUAGAUGAAUCUCCAAAGACUUGUUAUGGGUGUCAUACACCAGACAGGAGUGUAGAUGAAUCUCCAAAGACUUGUGAUGGGUGUCAUCUUCUGUUUUCUUUUGUCCUUUUGGGCUUGAGUGUGCUAGUGUCUUUAUUGUUGUAAACAAUCCAGCUGACCUACAAGUGAUAUAUACUAUGCUGAUUUUUAAAGUGGUCUCAGUUUUGUUUCAAUAGUUAGGGUUUUAAAUUUCCCCUCUGCUUCAUGGAAAUGUCCAAAAUUGUAGUAUCUUGGUUGUUUUAAUAAUAACAAAUGAAUGAAAACAAUGCAGGUAUACAUACUCAGAGACAGAUAGGGCUAGCCAUAUAACAUGGUGAGAUCAUGUUAUUUUGGGUGCAAUUUACAGAAGUGAAACACCAGUCAAUAUAAUUUCCGGCAUUUCCCCAUCAAGUAACAGUUUUUUUUCUUUAUAUGUAUUUUUUAACUGUCCAGUCAGAUCUGAACGGCUUGUUAUCAAUAAUCAUUAUAACAACUUUGAUGUAAUAUUUUUGUACAUUAAUUAAUAUGUUACUUUUGAUUCAAGCCCUGGUUAACUGUGUAUGUUUUCUCUUGUGCCAAACAGAACUCUGUGUUCCUCUUUGGGUUAUUCUUGUUGGGGUCAAGAAUGCAAAAUUUGCCCUCACAGGAAAAUAGUAAUUAUUGUAAUUCUUGUCAUCAAUAAUUGAUAUAACUUAAUGAUUAACUUUUUGGUGAAAAUGUAUUUUGUUCUAGUUUGCAAAAUUCAAGCCAGGAAAAGCAUGCGGCAAGUAUUACUAGUGUUGUGGUGUUAAGGAAAAGUUGUGCCUAAAAAUUUUUCUUUUUGCUGAUUUUACUCUUACUAUGGAGUACUUUGUGGCAAUUUAGUAGUUAUUUUAUAUUGACUUUUAACUUUGAUUUCUUUCAAUCAACUUGAGGAUAUAUUUUUGAUAAAUUACAUGUGUUCUAUUUUGUCAUACAGCACAUCAGUAAUCAUUGUACAACUGCUCAAGUAAUAACCAAUUAUAUUUUUCAAACUUUUUUAUACAUCUUGGUAUCAGUCAAGGAAGUCUGUUAUUUUAAAAACACUGUACUCAGUGUUUUUCUUUUACAAUACAGAUAUCAUAUCUUUUUAAUGGAUGAUAUUUAAUUCUGCAUUGUGGCAGUUGGUGAACAAAACUGUUUUGUAUUUAAUUACCUAUGAUGUCACACAAUCUUAUGUUUAACAGAAUAUGUAAUACACAUGUCCUAUUUAACCAUGUUAACAUGGGUCAAAUUCAAACGAAUGUGAAUGAGUAUGUCUUUCCAAAUAGUUAUUAAUUUUCUGUCAUUUACAUUGUAUUUGAUCAAUAUUUAAGGAACAUCCACCUUUGUAAACCCGUCAGCAAAGCUGGUUAGGAGUAUACUUUUGGAGUGCUAUCAUGUGAUGAGAAUGCGAGAAUUGUUUCAUUCAUACAGUGUAUGCUAGAGUAAAAUUUAGGGUAGCUGUCUAAUUUUAAUCAUGAGGCAGUCAGGAUUUUAAAUAUUGUGUUCAAAAAUGUGUUGCUUGAUGUGUUGCAAAUUGAGUGAUAAGUUAUUUCCUGUUGUCAGCUGUAAAAGAAUAGUUACAGAAUAAAUCAAACAUGAGUAUGGA